AUGACGGAAAAAGAAGUCAGUGACGCCGCAGCAGAAUUGCGCAGAGAAAUUGAAAAUUUGCGUUCGGAGAAUGAAAAAUUGCGUACUGAAGCAAGUGGGGAAUUGCGUGUAGAUUCCUAUAAAUUCGCGAAAAUACCACCCUUCUAUGAUCAAGAUCCGGAAUUAUGGUUCUGGCAGGUAGAAGGAGCACUCCAUUCCGCGAAUAUUAAAACGCAAACCGCGAAAGCAAAUUUCAUAUGUGGUCUACUACCCUACGUAGUAGCUGUAUGCGCGCGAGAUAUUAUCUCCAAAUCUGACAUUAGAGAUAAAUUCAAUCGGCUCAAGGAGCGUAUCAUAAAUGCCUAUGCGAGCUCCGCUGAGGCUCGCUUGAGACAGUUGUUGAAGGGAGAGGUUUUAACCGACGGUAAACCUUCCCAAAUAUUAUAUAGGUUGCAAAAUCUUAACGAUAACAGAUGUGAUGAUGCUGUUAUCAAAUCCAUAUUUUUGGACCAGCUUACACCUCAGUGUAGAGUAAUUUUAGCAGCAGCAUCCGUAACUGAUCUCCAAGCUUACGCGGCAUUAGCUGAUCAAGUCAUGGAAACGAUGAAUGCAG